AUGACCACAUCAUCUAUAUCUCACUCUCUCUUCGGUGGCGCCAUCAUAGCCUCAAUUCCCACAAACUUCGCCGAUGUGUCCUCCAUCCGCCAAGUUCCCGAUAACCAAGAAGUCUUCCUGCGCACCGACGGCUUCACAUCACUGACGAUCGACCUCUGCGAGCGUGUCACGUACUUAUCAUCGCUCCAAGCAGCGCUUGAAUACCAUUUCUCAGAUAUUGUGGCCGAAGGAGACGCCAAGCGUACUUAUGCUAUAGACACUGACAUCCGUUUGCCGAAUUUUCCUGAUAUGGCCGUGGGAACGUUGAUGGCCGUUGUUACACCACCAGCACCGACGGAAGGGAGGGAGCGAAGGGAGAACGAGCCGAAAUUUGUGGUCAUUCUGUUUGCGCUGUUGAGGUUGGAGCAGCAGAUGACGGAUGUGACCGUGGCGCUGAAUGUGCCUUGUACACCUGGUGGACCAGAGGCUGCUAUGAUGGAAGUUGAAGAUGUGGAUUUUGAGCGGGGAAAGUAUGGCAGUGUUGUAGAGGAAGGAAAGGAAGUGCUAGGGGAUAUUUUGAGAUCUUUAGAAGUGAAAGAUUGGGGUAUGUUCGGACCUGGAGGGUAG